AUGAGAUUUUUAAUAAUUUUUUUAUUAUGGAAACUAAUAAACCAAUAGCAAUAUUAUUAAGUAAGGUUGGAAGAGGGAAAACCUCUUUUUACAAUAAAAUUUGUAACUAAUCAUAAAGAACAUAUUUUGGUGGUUAAUCAUGUACAAGGGAUCUCUUUUUAAAAUGUAGCAGCUGAAAGACCCUUGAAUGCCAUUUUAGUUUUAACAAAAUUAGAUCGUGCUUGUGUUAUGAAAGAAGAAAUAAAUUAAGCUUUAUCUAUGCUCGCUCCAUGCAAAGAUAUGAUUAUUAUUAUUGUUACUUUUUGGGAUGAUGUUGAAAAAGAACCCAUUUCAACUUAAGAAAAAUUGAAAAUAGAAAUAUAAAAUUAAGUAAUGAAACCUCUUAAACUUAAUUCAUUUAUAUGUACCAGUAAAAAUACACCAGGAGAUGUAAUUUGUAAAUAAUUAGAUUAAUUAAUUCAUAAUAAUUUAAAAAAAUCAGUAUAACUAACCCUUCAAGAGUUUUCAUAUAAAUUUACUUAACUUUCAUCAUAUUCUAUAACUGAAGAAAUAGACACUCAUAAAUUAAAAUAAGACUUCUCAAACAAAUGCAAAGGAGCUCUUAAAUUUAUAGAAUAAUAAUAAGAUGAUGAUUAAGAAAUGGCUGAAUUAAUGCAUGAAUUAAUAUUAGCAAUGAAAGAAGAAGCUCAUGCAAUUGUUAUGAAAUUUACAAAAUAUAAUAGAGAAAAUUUUGAGAAAUUAGUUGAUAAAUUUGGAAUUUGUGAACAUACAUAUUUAGCCCAUACUAAAUUAAAAGCAGAAAUUAUGGGAUAUCUAGAAUAAGUUAUAUAAAUAGCAUAACAAAAGAUGUAAACAUACAAAUAUCAUGUUUAUAAUUUUAUCAAAUAAUGUCCUCAUUGUGGUCUAAUUUGGUUUAAAGUUGCUGGAUGUGAAAAUAUUACAAAAUGUGGAGAAAAACCAAACGAAGACGAUGAACAAUUUUAACCUUAGCCAAAGAAAUAUAAAAUUGAAUUUAAGGGUUUUGAUUUGUAAGUUUUCAAGCUAACUAAUUUUGGUUAAAGUACAAUAAGACCUUAAAUUAAUCAAACUACUGAUUAUAAAGGAUGUGGUAAGCAAUUAGAUUGGAAAAGUUUGCCUCCUCUUUCUGAAGAUAUAGUAAAAGAGUUAAAAAAUACUGGAUUUUUAGAUGUAUUGAGUAUGCUUUACGAUAAAGAUAGCAAAGAUAUAGUAAAUGAAGAGAAAUAUUGGUAAAAAAUUGAUAAUUAAAAAAAAAUUCAAACAGAAAAAGUAAAUAAACAAAUUGAAGAUGAGAAUAAUAAAUAAUAAAGAAGAUUCUCUAAAUUAGCUUGUAGCAUAAGUUGA